AUGGCACCAAUCGCAAUUGAGCCAGAGACGAACGGCGGCCAUGCCAUUGGCACAAACGGCAGUCUGAACGCCAAAGCAACCUCUUUCGAGCCUCUGCACCCAUCCUCAGGCUACCAUGCCGCCUCCUCGAGCCAGGCCAUGUCCUCAGAGUCUGCCUACGCCGCACACAACUACCACCCGCUCCCGAUCGUCUUCUCCAAGGCAAAGGGCUCGUCCGUGUGGGAUCCAGAGGGCAAGCACUACCUCGACUUCCUCUCUGCAUACUCAGCAGUGAACCAAGGACAUUGCCACCCGAAGCUCAUCCAGGCACUGACCGACCAGGCCUCUCGGCUUACACUUUCCAGCCGAGCAUUCUACAACGAUGUCUUCCCGGUAUUCGCGGAGAAGAUUACAACCAUGAUGGGCUUCGACAUGGUUCUGCCCAUGAACACAGGAGCAGAGGCAGUGGAGACUGCUGUCAAGAUCGCGAGAAAGUGGGGAUACAAGGUGAAGGGCAUACCACAGGACAAGGCACUUGUGUUUGGCGUGCAGGAGAACUUCCAUGGCAGGACAUUCGCUGCGAUUACACUGUCGUCCGACCCAGAAAGCCGAGACAACUACGGUCCGUACCUUCCAAACAUUGGCGCUGUGUGCCCAUCCUCCGGCAAACCAAUUCCCUUCGGCGAUGUCAAGGCUCUUGAGGAGGCCCUUGAGAAGCACGGCAAAGAGACGGCAGCAUUCUUGGUCGAGCCAAUACAAGGAGAGGCAGGCAUCGUGGUACCGCACGAAGACUACUUGCGGAAGGCGCGCGAGCUCUGCACGAAGCACAAUGUCCUGCUGAUCUGCGACGAGAUCCAGACGGGUAUCGCACGCACGGGCAAGAUGCUCUGCCACGAGUGGAGUGGCAUCAAGCCAGACCUUGUCCUUCUUGGCAAGGCCAUCUCGGGUGGCAUGUACCCAGUAUCCUGCGUUCUUGGUUCGAAGGAAGUCAUGCUCACAAUCGAGCCUGGUACGCACGGCAGCACAUACGGUGGUAACCCACUUGGUAGCGCAGUGGCGAUCAAGGCCCUCGAGAUUAUAGAAGAAGAGAACCUCGUCCAGCGUGCUCAAGAACUGGGCGAAGUCUUCCGCAACGGCCUUCGCGAUAUCCAGACGAGAGAUCCUAUGAUCGAGACCAUCCGUGGCAAGGGUCUCCUGAACGCUAUUGUGAUCGAUGAGUCCAAGACUGGUGGACACAGCGCUUGGGACUUGUGUAUGCUCAUGAAGGAGAAGGGACUUCUUGCCAAGCCGACACACCAGAACAUCAUCCGAUUGGCACCACCACUCGUCAUCAGCGAAGACGAGAUCAAGAGUGCUCUGAGCAUCAUCGAGGCGGCAGUGAAGGAGCUCCCCACGUUGAAGGGCGAGAAGGAACAGAAAGUUAUUCCACCUGGUGAGAAGAACGUGCACAUCGGCGUCGACAACUGA